AUGACGAAGGCACGGCGUGGGCCUUCACUCGUUCAGGCCCGCAGCCCUCCCGGCAACAAGAAUCACAAUCACCUCCAUUCCUUACAAAGACGUAACAUCAACACCAACCCUCAUAUCAACAGCAACAACGACGGCUCUGAGCCGCACCGCCAGCAUCACCAGUACCACAACCGUCAGGCCCCAGAUGCCGCACCAACCCCCGCUACCGAUUCAGCACUCGUCACUCACGUCGUCCAGACCGUCUCCGUCAUUCAGAUCGUCGACGGCAACGGCGAUCCUGUCCGCGUCCAGACUCAGUUUGCCGAACCUGCAACUGUGGUGGUCGACCCGGUCGCCGGCGUGACCGUCGACUAUUCUGUUUACCAGGCUGGUGGUGGUAUCCCAACAGCGCAGCCCGAACCUCCUGCCACCCCGGCCCCAGGAGAGGUGCAGCCAGCGUCUGCUCCCAAGCCUGCUGCCGAGCCUGCGCCGAUCCCUCAGACGGAUUCUCUUCCUUACCCCGAGACGAGUCCCUACCCCGAGACGAGUCCCUAUCCCGAGACGAGUCCCUAUCCCGAGACGAGUCCCUAUCCCGAGACGAACCCUCUGCCAGAGACCGCUCCGCUCGAACCCAGCUCUGUGCUGACCCCGGCGAUCCCAAGCGAUGAGACAGUACCGCCUACCUUUCCCCCGACGCCCAUGUCGUCUGAAGUUCCUCUAGAAAGUCAGGACCAGCUCCCGACGUCCGCUCCUUUGACCAUUCCUCCUGUAGCCUUCCCAACUCGGAGCGCUGGCUCCAAUUCGACAAUACCCGGCUCCAAAUCCAUACAACAGUCCCGCUAUGGCAACAACAAUAGCUCUUCACUGCGCCUUCUCGCCGAAACCGGCUCCGCCUCCUCGUCGCCCUACUUCACCACGACAUCUUCUCUUGCCAGCUCGACUGGUGCCUCGCUCUCGGGCUUUUCCUCUACCGCUUCAGGCGCCGCCGGCGCUGGAGCUGGGGGAGGAGGGGGCUCUACCCCUUCGGCCACGGCGACACCUGACCAGGACGCCGAUGAGGCGCCCGUUGAGACUGGCAUGGUCGUUGGUAGCGUGGUAGGCAGUAUUGCCGGCGCCGCCCUCAUUGUGUUCCUCGUUCUCUUCGCCCUGAAAAUGCGCAAGCGUCAACAGGGCCGCGUCAUGUUAGGUGAUGGGAGCAGCACCAACACCCGUGGCAUGCUGAUGGGUCCUAACGGUCCGUCCGGGGGCAACAACGGGGCCAGCGCUAUGGUUCAGAGAUCCCUGGGCCUCGGCUCCGCGACCCUUGCAGGGCUCGGCGCGAAGCGUGCCUCUCGCCAGGCUGCCGAGCAGCCCGAGGAAGCCGGCGAACGUAGUUUCUACCGGGUCUCCGGCAGAAAGCUUCCGCCCGUCCUCCAAGCUGGCGGCGAUGGAUACACCGACCCUCGCAUGAGUGUCGUCAGCAACGACGAGUCCGUCUACUACCGUCAAUCGACCACCUUCUUCGACGACCCAGCCUCCGGGUCUACAGCACCCCGACUGGCGCUGGGCUCGCCCAUGCGACCUGUCAGCGGCGUGCCCAUCAUGCGGUCCGGCCCGGCACGCACGCCCGUUCAGGAGUCGAACCCCUUUGCCGACCCCGCGCCGCCGUCUCGCCUGAUGGUUCCGCCCUUGCGGGAUGCCGUCGGCCGGUCUUUGACCUCACAGGACGGCUCCAGAGGUUCAGUCUCACGGUUCACGGAAGAGAUUCGAUGA